UGGAGAGUAAAGCCGGCCCGUUGCUGCCGCCUCUGAUGAGUCCACCCCAUCCCCGCCCUCCGGCACACAGCCCGCGCAGAGGCCUUGGGACCCCCGGCCCAGCGCUCGGAAGCCGCCGCUGUCGCGAGUCCGCCGACCUCGCGGACCUUUUCUCCGCGGGCCAUGUUUCCGGGCGGAUCGCGCGCUGAGGAACACGUUGGGGCCGAGGUUCGCGGGACUUGAAAGAGGACGGGCGGGAGCCACCAUGGCCGGGCAGCGCCUCCCGGUCCCCCGGCUCGACGGCGUUUCGCAGGAGCAGUUCGUGCAGCACCUCUACCCGCAGAGAAAACCUCUGGUGUUGGAAGGAAUUGAUUUGGGGGCGUGUACAAGCAGAUGGACAGUGGAUUACCUGAGUCAAGCCGGGGGGAGGAAAGAAGUGAAGAUUCAUGUCGCUGCGGUUGCCCAGAUGGACUUCAUUAGUAAGAACUUUGUGUAUAGAACAUUACCUUUUGACAAGUUGGUUCAGAGAGCAGCUGAAGAAAAGCAUGAAGAAUUCUUUAUUUCAGAGGAUGAGAAGUACUACUUACGGUCACUUGGGGAAGACCCUAGAAAGGAUGUUGCAGAUAUCAGAAAGCAGUUUCCUUUAUUGGAAAGAGAUAUUAAGUUUCCAAAAUUCUUCAAAGAGGAGCAGUUCUUUUCCAGUGUUUUUCGAAUUAGCUCACCAGGAUUACAACUUUGGACCCACUAUGAUGUAAUGGAUAACUUCUUAAUACAAGUGACAGGAAAAAAGCGUGUUGUGCUAUUCAGUCCUCGAGAUGCCCAGUAUUUAUAUUUAUCAGGUACUAAAUCAGAAGUACUGAAUAUAGAUAACCCAGACUUAGAUAAAUAUCCACUGUUUUCUAAGGCUAGAAGGUAUGAAUGUUCCCUUAAAGCUGGAGAUGUAUUAUUCAUUCCUGCGUUAUGGUUCCAUAAUAUAAUUUCUGAAGAGUUUGGAGUGGGAGUGAAUGUCUUUUGGAAGCACCUUCCGUCUGAAUGCUAUGAUAAAACAGAUACCUAUGGAAACAAAGAUCCUACAGCAGCAUCAAGAGCUGCACAAAUUCUGGACAGAGCCUUAAAAACACUGGCUGAAUUACCAGAGGAAUACAGGGACUUCUAUGCACGGCGAAUGGUCUUACACAUUCAAGACAAAGCCUACAGCAGAAACUUUGAGUAAAUCAUGAAAUGCAGCUCUUCUCAGAUACUUGUGAAUAGAUUAUAUAGUUAUUCUUUGGCAACAGUUUGGGGGCUUGACCUGAGAAAGAAAGGAAUUUUUUCUUCUGCCAGCAAAACUUCUGUCUGCACUGCUUGCUACAUAGAUAAGCGAUACAAAAGAAGACUAAUGAUGAACAGGUGGACAGCAGAGCGUAAUAUAGAAAUGGAAUACUAUAAAGUCAAAGAAUGAGGCAGUAUAUGUAUGUACUGGCAAGGAAUUUUCCCAAGGUAAUUAAAUGAGAAAAAGGUUUGAAACUAUGGGUAUAGUAUGCUGCCAUUUGUGUAAAACAAAGGUAUGCUGUACCUAAACAUUUAUUUGUAUAUGCAUAGAAUUAUCUCUGCAAGGAUACACAAGAAACCGGUGAUAGUGAUUGCCUCUGAGAAGAGGUUAGAUAAGUAGGUGGGUGGACUGGAAUCUGUACUUGUGUAUUACAUGAAUUUUUUUUGCCCCUUUAUAUAUCAAAAUAAAUUUUAAAAAUACAUGUGUAGAUUGUAAUUAUUAGCUUUUCAUGAACGUUAAUAAAAUUUGUCUUGGUUUGGAAUUCUAUUUAUUCAGUAAUUAAUUU